GCAAGCCCUAUAAUCCAGAGGGCAUUCUUCUUACUGUUCUCUCUCACUCUGGGGAGGAUUAAUUGACAGAAGAUCCCAGUGGAUCCAAAAAGAAAAGAAAAGUAAAGAAAAGUGAACCAUGGCAAGACAACAAGGGGCACAGAGAUUUGGCAUAACAGGAGCUCUGCUGCUGGUGUUGACUGCACUGAUGAUGCAAAGAGGGAUCUGCAUGCAGAGGUAUUAUGGAUAUAAUCCUUGUAAUGAUGACCAGCAGGAAGUAGCCAACAGAGGUUUUCAGAUGGCCCGUUCCCAUCAUGUAUGUGGCCGACCAACUGCCCUGAAUAGGAAUGUUGGGGGUGAGGACUCUGUGGAAGGCGAAUGGCCGUGGCAAGUCAGCGUGAGGAAGAUGGGCAGGCAUAUCUGUGGAGGGGCCUUGAUCAGCCACGAUUGGAUUGUGACAGCAGCACAUUGCUUCCCGCCAGAUGGCGAUCCCUCCCAAUACUCUGUGAUGCUGGGGGCCAACAAACUGGAGAACUCCUGGCCCUACACACAGUUAAUAGGGGUCGGAGACAUAAUCAGAAACCCCCGGUAUGCAGGGGAGGCCACGAGUGGAGACAUCGCUUUGGUGCAUCUGGCUCGCCCAGUAAGAUUCACCAAUUACAUCAUCCCAAUCUGUGUCCCUGCAGCCAAUGUGGACUUCCCUGCAGGCAUGAAGUGCUGGGUCACUGGCUGGGGAGACAUCAGUGAAGGACAGGAUCUACCAUCUCCGAAGAAGCUCCAGAAGCUCCAGGUGCCCAUAAUAGAUAUUCACACUUGCAGAAAACUCUACAAUAUUGACAUGGGACCGAACCUGCCCCAGAAACCCAUCCAAGAUGACAUGAUGUGUGCUGGGUAUGCUGAAGGCAUGAAGGACACGUGCAAGGGUGAUUCUGGUGGCCCGCUGAUGUGCAAGAUUAACCAGGAAUGGCUCUUGGCUGGUAUUGUCAGUUGGGGGGAAGGCUGUGCUGAGAGGAACCGCCCUGGUGUGUAUAUCCGUAUUACCGCAUACCAUGACUGGAUUCACAGGAUUAUCCCCAGUCUGGAGUUCAUCAAAGCUAGGAGGGGUUACAACAACAGGAUCAAGAAUCAAAGCAUCGUUGGAGCCAGUGGGAGGGUACAGGCCUUCUUGAUCAUCGCUCUGCUGCAGGUUUUGGUGUGGACCUUUAUUCAUCUCUUGGGAUAGAAACUGUGGAAAGAAAAAAGUUACAAGUGGACAAGUGGUGUCGGGUUAUCCCUCUUCUCAUCUCCCUCCCAUUUCUUGGUCAUUCUAACUUCAUCUGCCCAGGAUUUUUAUAUCUGGUCUCUGUUUGCCCCAGAGCACCACAUGCACAAGGAGAUAUAAAUGCAGCAAGGCAUAGAUGUCUCAGCAGAAUGGUUUGAUGCCUGCUUCUCAACAAUGGGACGCAACAUCCUCUCUCACAACCCUUGCAACGCCUCUGUCUCUUUCCCUUCUUGCCACACAUCACUAUUGCUCCACAACUUUUACAUAUGCAUAGCAUAAUAAGAAAUUAUGACUGGCUGGGACUGGGGUGUUAGUUGCCCCUGGGAUCAUCAUGUGCUUAAGAGAAUGCUCUUCGGAGGUGUCUUGAGGGAUGGGAUUGGACCUGUCCGACAGGUGAAUUGAGAUUCAAACACAUAUGGUGCUGAGAUGUAUGAUGAUUUCCCCUUGUAUUUUUUUUAACAAAGUUUUGGAAGCUGGAAUUGAAAGCAGUAUGUAAGGACGAAGGAGGCUGCCCCCCACCUGGUUAGAGUCUUUGUCCAUCUAGCCCAGUGUUAUGUACUUUGACUGACAGUGUCUCUACAGUGCCUCAGGCAGAGGCCUCUGUCAUCAUUCCUUGCCUGAUCCCUCUAAUUUGAGAUGGGACCUUCUGCUUGCUAGGCGUGUACUGUACCACUGAGCUAUUGGACAUCCCUGAAGGGGGUGCUACAUAACCAUUUCCAUCCUUGGCAUUUGUCUGCUCAGAAUCACCUUCCUCUAUUGCCUUCUUACUAACAGAGGGGGAAAGAUCUGGUGGCCAUGGCAUUUGUCUGCCUCUAGGGAUGGGGGCAAAUUAGAUCCACCUCGCAUUUAAAGCUGAAUCUGUCAAAUCUGCACUUUUCAAAACAACAUGAGAACAGAAACACAGCCAUCCUCCAAAAUUUGUACUUAUCCAAGUUUUGCAGUGCAAUUCUCCAACCAUUGUUUACAAAAAUGCAUAUAUUAGGGGACGAUGUGCAUAAAAUGCAUAUAUUACUGAAAAUAACACACUAAAAUGCAUUAAAUCAGGAGAAACUACUUGCACAAAUGUGUAGAUUAGUAAAAACGGCAUACAAAAAUAUGUUUAUUUGGAGAAAUUUGCACAAAAAUGCUGAAGAGUUUUCAUGAUGAUUUCUUUCAAAAGAGAAUCCACAAAAUGCUGCAGAAAUGUGGAGAACUGAAUGACUGGAAAAAUGAGAAAUGGAGACAAGCGAUCUUUCCAUCCAUCCCUAUCUGCAUCUCUAAGCUGCUUUGCCCUCUGCAGGGAAAAAGAUGACUCCAUCUCCCCUCUGUCUUUUUCUGUGGUGGAUAGGAAAGCAGCUGAGAUGUGAAAUGUUCAGCAAAUGAAUGACAAGCAGAAAAAAGGCUAAGUGGCUCUUCCUGCUAUCAGUUGCAGCUUCUGAGCCUGUUUUGCAUUCAACAAACCAACCAACCAACUGUUGGGGGAAAUAACCAUGCCACAGAGCCUCAAUUAAAUUGUCAAGAAUGCCAAACCAAUUCCUUAACAAUUCACUCAAAGAGCUGUCUGAGCCUUGCUGUUUUAUUCAUGCCAUCUAGCAGCUCUUCAUCCCUGAUCAUCCCUGGAAUUCACAUAAAUACCAUUUGCUCCCAGAAUAUACAUUUACCAUACUUUUUUUUUAAAAAAAACCCACAUUUAAAUUCAAUUCAAUACCUGCAUGUAUAUGUGUCUUUCCCUCUCUCCACAAUCAUGUUCCAGUUGUCUGUCCAAAGCAUUUCACCCACCCCAGCUUGGCUUAUAAGGAAGAGGUGGCUUGAAGUAGGGGUGAGAGUGGGGGCUGAUGACUGUUCUCAGUUGGACACAAUAAAUUGGUACAAGCUGGAUAGAAGACAGAAAGUUCCUGGUGACCCUUAACAAAAUCCCCAGGGAUAAGGAAAGGCAAAAGAAUUACCUAGCCACGGAAGAUGUUGGGCAAUGGAAAGUUUCCAAAGUGUGGUGGACAGGCCUUGCCUGAAUACUGGUUCAUGCAAAAAAUGUGGGGCUUUUUUGUGUAUGGGGAUGCACCGCCUUUGCAAACCAAAAAGGCAAUCAGCUCUCACAGAGUCUGGGAGGGGAGAUGAAAGUGGAGCCGAUAAAUUGCUUGCUGUGUACAAUGCUGCUUGCCUGACAAGAAUUCAUUCCACAGUAUGGUUGGGGUUGUAAGCUUUUUUAUUGGCCAUUGGUGGGUGACCUAGCAAGACGUUGUCUUGGGCGCUCUCUCUGCUUGCCUGUUAAGGGGACUGUGAUGUUCCUGCUUAUAUUGUAAAUAUGGUAAGUGCUGGUUAUAUAGAAGACAUAUGGUAAGUGGAGUGAAAGAGGAGAGGGAGUACAUGAGCAGUAGAAUGCUGGAUGAUUGGCUGAGCAUUUGAGUGGCUGGGAGUAUAAAUGGAAGAAGGACAGUUGAAUCUGGGUGGUGAAUUGGGAGGUGGAUGUUGGAGAGAGGUGGAUGUUGGAGGUUUGAUGGUGUUUGGUGUUGUUGUUGAGGGUGAGUCAGAGUUCUGAGGCAAUUAGUAAGAAGUCAAGUACAUAACAGAAUAUAGAUGAAACCAUACACUUGUGAAACAUUCCUUAAGUAAUCUUAUUAUUUCUAAUACUAAAUAAAUAUUUCUUGGUUAAACAAAAGCCUGAUUCCUUCAGCUGGGAAACACAAACCAGGGGGAAUAGCAAAGUAACCAAGGCUGAACAGUUUGUAUCAAAUGAUGGCAGCAGCGGAUCGGAGGAAAGUGUAUCCAGUCCCACAGAGAAACCCAGGGCUGUAUGCUUCGGAGUCAAGAGGCUGCAGGGGGGUUUGGGAAUUACCUAUACCCAUAGACACAAGGUAUCGAGAUAGCCUGGCAGGGACUAAGGCACAGUCUAAGGUUUUAAGAGAUACAGAGUGUUGGGUAGUAAGGCCUAGCAGGCGGAUCUGUUGAAAUCUGUGCUAGAGCUGUAAAGGGUAAGAAGAAAACCUGACGUUCCUGUCUGCUGGUAGCCACAAGUGAGAGCUUCACAGGUGGUGCCAGGGAAGGAGAUCACAGGGACUAAUUACCAUCAUAUUAUAAACUUUUUACUCCUUCUGUUGCCACAUACUAACUCCUUCCAUCAUUGCCGUUUGCCAGCUCUAAAUUUUACUUGGACUUUUGACUCUAGAGGGUAGGUCUGUGAUGAUAACAUUCCUCUUUCUCUCUCUGGUUUGACUCGGCUGACGCCCAACUCAUGCUGAGUAAGUAAUUACUGUUAUUUAUGACUAAGGAGUAAUCCUCCCCUUUCCUGGCAAUUCCAACUUCAAAGACUCUAGGAUUGUUUACUUUUUCUUCUCGGCUUUUACCCUGGGGUGUCGUGAUAUCACCAGCAGGGUUUACUGCAGUUUAAGUAGCCUACUCAGCACAGGGCGAGUGAAAAUGACCCUAUAACAAGUAAAGAGAAGGAUCAAGUUGAAUGUGGAUGUGGAGCACUCUAGGACCUUGAAAUUUUGGGGCGUACAAUUUAAGGCAUACUGAGGACAUUGUCCCCUGUAAAGCUCGGCCUAGGUUUGUAGUUGCUGGAUUAUAACUUUUAUUGCUGUGUCUCUUUUAGCAAGUUACCUUACUCAAGGUGAGAUGGUUCUCACCAGAGUUGGUCAUAAACAAAGGGGACUGGUUCCUGUGACGGAAGAUGUCAUGUCCUUCGUCAAAACACAAAACCAGCUCAAAAUUACAGAUUUCUUUGGAUCUAGCCCAAAGGAAAGGUUUCAAGCAAAAUCCUUGGAUGAUUCUCCAGCUGCUGAAAUCUUGUACUGGUCCCUGGGCCCUCAGUGUAUAAUGAGAGUUAUGAAUUGUGACACACAAGGGACAGAAGAACAGAGUUUGGCCGCAGAAUUAGAUCUAGUUGUUGAUUUCUACAAUCGACACUCAGGGGGAUUGCAGAAUGGAACAGUUACAAGAGGGACCAGAGAAUGCAAAUUUGACUUGCUCUGCUGAGAGUUCAUUGAGAGCAAACUGUGAUUUUGUAUUUUUACAGCCUAGCCCCUCUGCUUCUCUCCCUGCGCCUUCUGGCCCCAAAGACAUUGACUCUCACACGGUAAC